AACAUGACAAAACAGCAACGACCCUUGGACCGGAGCCCCUACUAUGUGGACCAUUUUGAGCAUCUUGAUCGAGUUCUAAAUCGUCCCCAACUCACUGGUAUCGGAAUAUCUGGAUGUAUCGGUGUCGGAAUAUUCGUCACCUCGGGUCAAUUGAUCACGACAUCAGGGUCGCUAGGAGGACCUCUCAGCUACGUUAUCGCUGGCAUCAUCUCAGCAUGUGUUCUAUAUACACUCACUGAGAUGGUAGCGAGCCGCCCCUUGACGGGUGCGUUGAUUGAUCUCCCUCAUCAUUUUCUCCACCCUGCCGCCGGGUUUGCAGUCGCUGCUUCUUACUCGCUGGCCAACAUCUUUUCCAUGGCGACACUUACGGCGUAUUCUGCAGAAGUCACGGCAUUGCUGAAAGAUGAUCAAAAGAAACAUCCUACAGGAGUGGAAGUAGGCAUAAACAUCGCCUUUAUUGCACUCACCACUCUUUCGCAUUGUAUGGGAGUCAAGCUAUACGGUAGGAUAGAAAGGGUAAUAAUGGUCUUCAAGCUAUGUUUGUUUGUUCUAUGCUGUGUUUUGAUGAUUGUAGUCAACGCCGGAGGUGCUGGACAGCGUACAGGCUCUUAUCGUGGCAACUACACCACGUAUGCUUUCCCUCCUGGUCUGAAACCUGCCAGAUUCAACAGCACAAGCAAUGUAUCGGUGCAUCCCUCUGGCGUCCCUGACAGCGAUUUUGGUCUGCCUGGCUCCGGCGGUCGCCUUUUUGGUUUCCUCACGUCUGUGACCUUCGCAAUGUUCUCCUGUGUGGGUGGCGAAAUGACCGCCAUGACCGCCGGCGAAUCCAAGGAACCAUGGAAAGACGUUCCAAUAGUAAUGUCUUUCGUAUAUCUUGUCCCUUUGACUCUCUAUCCAUUCGUUCUCAUGUCUGCCGCCGCAAACGUAAAUUACGCCGACCCUUCCCUUUCUGGCAUUUGGGGUGCAGAAAAUGGCAACAUUACAUUAUCUCCCUUUGUAGUCGCGGUUCAAACCUCCGCCCUUGGUGGCGUUUCCAAAUCUUUGAACCUCUUCUUCAUCAUCUCAGCAUAUACAGCCGGUAAUACGGCACUCUACGUGGCAUCGCGCAGCGUGUUCAUGCUCGCACAGACGUACCUACACCCGCGCAUCGCCGAUGUCUUCGGAAAAACGAACAAUGGACACACACCGCUCCGUGCAAUCCUGCUAUGCUCCGCAUUUGGGUUCAUCGCGCUGUCAGGACUAAGCCACCAUGCUUAUUCGCAACCUAGACAGACCAUGUCUUCAUUCUACACGGGGUCCCUUGCGACUGUUUAUAUUUGCGAAUGUGUUACUUUCUUGAAAUUCAAGGCCGGUCUAGCACGCCUUGAACGCCGUCAGAUCUUGAGCCGAAAUGAUGCCCUGUACAUAUCUCGCAUGUUCAAAUCACGCUGGCAACCGCUCCCCGCGUACAUUGGUAUCGCAGGGUGCUCUUUCAUUAUAAUCUGGUCCGGUGUACCUGCUCUAUGGAUUAUAUGCUCUAACAGGCCUGGAGAACCUCGACUGAAAAACAAAGUUGCGCUGGGUUGCGAUGUGUUGGGGGCUUGGAUAGGUCCACUGAUCUUCGCCGGCCUCUACCUUUCCUAUAAGUACACUCACCCUCAUUCCCGCGCCGUUGACGUGAGAGAUCUCACGCCCUCGGAUUAUGUCCUCUCUGAUCUAGGCGAGAUUCCUUCGCCCCUGGAGCGAUCCACUCCCCGUUCGCCAUUCUCCUCCCCUCAACCUACUGCGACUAUCAACCAACAUCUUCCACACCUGUAUCCCGAGCAUUCCAAUGACAACAAUUACAGCCACAAUCGGAACACCAGCAACAACGAAGCGCCAGUAGAACUCGCUCCAAUCGGCACCACCACCAUGGCUGCGAACUCGAUACCACAAUCCCAUGGCAUGACUGCAGCGGGGGCAUCAUGGGGUUGGGAAGGGCCUUUGUCAGCCGCAGCAGCAAUAUCACCCCCGACGUCUCCCACAGCCACCGCUGCCGCACCGAACCCGGACUUCACGUACGAAAAUACAACAAACGCGUUGGGGAUAACGCAAACGCUUACACAUACUUCCUCACAUCCCAGCACAGCUCCGCACACUCACAUAACACAACCAACGCAUGCACAUAAUCGCACAUCGUAUCCCCAUGCCGGAGAUGCCGGUUUCGAUUUCGAUUUCAAUGGAGGCGGCGGCAAUGAUGUCGGGAUGAUCAGCGCGGAGAUUUUGGAGGAGUUGGAGGAGGAGCAAGCUAGAGAGGAGGAAAGGGCUAGAAUCAACGACGUGUUGAUGAAGAGACCAAGGCGGAUGGAAAGAGGAUUGGCGAGGGAACUUUGGAGUUGUCUUGUUGCUGAUUAG